ACUUACUGAGUUAAUAUGGAGAGUGGAGAGGGAGAUGGCUGUUGGAUUUGCAUUCGCAAUCUCUACGCCAUCCUCCCCUAGAUGAACACCUGAGAUUCACAGAUCUCUUAAACCCUGCAUUUAUUCUCGUGUCCAGCUGUGUUAAUGCACACUCUCCAUGGCCAGUUCAACAUGGGUCUUUCAUAGCGGAAAGGGGCUCAGCAGGCAUGGAGCCUCUCAGCCUGCAGGUGCUGAUGAUUGUAGCAGGGAGCUUCUUGGGCUUCCAGUGGCUGUUCCACAGAGGUAGCCCCUGGGUGUCUGAGAAGCUCUGCGAAGGCUUCCUGAGGCUCAGCCCUACACAAAGGACAGAGUGGAACUCCAGGGCCGUCUCAACAGUGCAUGCCUUGGUUGUGGGACUUUUCUGUCUCUACAUAUAUAUCUUAGAUGAACCUAUCCAGAAAGACCCAGUCUGGGGAGAUGCUACACUGGUGAAGCUAAAUGUGGCCGUUACCUCAGGCUACCUAAUCUCAGAUCUCUUUCUCAUGUUUACUUCAUGGGAGUCUAUAGGAGAGAAAUAUUUUGUCAUACAUCAUUUUGCUGCUCUCUAUGCAUACUACUAUGUGCUGAGUCUAGGGAUAUUGCCUUACUUUGCUAAUUUCCGCCUGCUUUCAGAAUUCUCCACCCCCUUUGUGAACCAGCGUUGGUUUUUUCACAUGUUGGGCUACCACAAACUUUCCAAACCGAGUCUGGUUAAUGGUGUCGCCAUGGCAUUUACAUUCUUUUUGGUGAGGAUUGCGGUCAUUCCAGGCUACUACAGCCAUAUGUACAUGGUCUUUGGUACGGAUGACUUCAACCGAUUACCGCUGGGGGGCCGCAGUGCCUGGGUUAUUUCCAGCAUGUCUUUGGAUGUUAUGAACAUCAUGUGGAUGCGCAGAAUCAUCCGUGGCUGUCUCAAAGUCCUUCGCUCGGCCUGGUUGAGAAAAACAGGAGCUGAGAUGGAAACUAGAAAGACAGACUGACAUGGACAUACAGACAGGAAAUGAACACAUCAGCACACAAACCUUCCAUCUCUUUCAUGUCCAACCUGAUGCUGGAGUGCUAAUGCUAUGUUUUGCUAUUCCUGCUGCUGUAAUGCUGUGGUAUCAUAGUUGUGAGAAACCAUUUAUUAUAUUAAUAAUGACUGACAUGAUGUCAUCUUCAAAUAUGGGCUCAGCUGGAGGAACUCAAUCACAGCGCUCCUUAACGUUUUAAGUUAUCAGGUGAUUAAGAGACAUGAGACUGAUCACAUGUACAAUCAGGACAACAGUUUGUGGUUGCACUAUUUAUUAUAAAGCUGCUAUUAUGAUCAACCAACUUGCCUUUAUGCAAUUAACAAAGCAACAGCACAUCUAAAUUUUAACAAAGAUACACAGUGUGUGCCUGUAGACCAUUUUUUUGACAAUAUGGAGAGGGUUAUGCAAACAGAGGAAAUUGCCAUUAUAAAUGUAAUCGAAAUGUUAUAUGGGUGAAAGAUCCUUUGCAGCUCAGCAGUGCAGGAUGUCAUCCUCAAGAAACCGUGCAUGUCUAUGUAAUUAUUGCAUAUAUGGAGAACACUAUGUAUGGAGAGUAUAAUAUAUGUCUGGAAUGGAAAAUGUAUAAGGUGAAACAAUAAUGUUAUAUAAUAGUCUAUGUGUUUCUGAAAAUCUAUAACUUGAUGCAGCUGUGUAUGUAUAAGCUUUUUGCUUGUAAUAUGUGGUUGGCUGGAUUUGGAAUAAUUAGCCUAUAUAAGCUUCAAUAAGGUAAGGCUUUUCAGGUUAUUUAUUAUUAUUUACUUAAUAGUUAUUUAUGUGGUUAAAAUCAACAAUAUGAUUCUUGAAAAAUGUGUAUAAGCUUUUCCAACUGGAAUGAAUUUCUACAAAUUGUGAUGUCUGUGAUGUCAAAAAUGCUCAUGUGAGUGACCAGGGAUGCGUGUUUCUGUGGUGUAACAAUAAUGUUUAAUCUGAAUAAACAACUUCGUUUUAAUAUGUUAGUCCAUGAGGUUAUAAGAGAACAAUGCCAAAUCUCUUAUUUAAAUUUUUACUUACAGGGACAAUUUUACUCACCAGUGUUGUUUAAUUUGUGAAUAAAUGAAUCUAUGUUCUUGAACAAA